AUGCACUUCAUGAACUUUAUUUUUCCUUUCCUUAUCGCCGGGGCAAUGGCCAUACCUGGGAAGAAGAAUCCUGUGCUGCGGUUAUUCACAGGCAAAAGCGGAAAGAAGGGCGGAUCCGCACCACCACCCCAGCCCCAGCCACAAGUGGAAGUUCCGUACCAUCAUACCCAAGCCGCUGCCUGGAAGCCUUACCCCGGACACCAGCCACCAGGAGAACGUGUGGGCGAGCCGCAGUACUUGACGGACUUGAUAUCGGAGGACUAUCCUCAAUAUCUAAAAGAGACGGAUACCCUCGUGUGGAACAACGUUCCCGGAACUCACAGAGAAUAA